AUGGCAAGAAAAUCUGUUUCUCCAGAUUGCAUGAAGAAAGGAUUUCUUGUGAUACCAUUCAAGUUACCGACACACAGAACGCUCAAGAACGAUGAUGCUUUUCAUUUUAUGUUUGUGAAGAAACAUCAAUCUCAGUAUGAAAACGAGCAGAACUGCCUCUUUCUGGUCAAUAUUCCACUUUUAACACACUUAGAUAACCUGAAAAUAGCCUUUAAUGAGAUCUGUUCCCGGUUUGACACAGUGUCGCACAUUGAAGAGUUGCUAUAUAAUGACGAAUUCGGAUUGGAGGAAGUGGAUCUUUCCGCCUUGACCUCUGAUUUAAUGUCGGUAAAAGAUGCUGAAUCCAAAAGGUAUACACCCAGAAACACGGCUUUGCUAAAGUUUGUCGAUGAGGCAAGCUUGACAAAUUGCUUUGAUGCUUUAAAAAAAUACUCGAAACUUGACUCAAGUUCGCUCAUAGAAUGGCAAUAUAAAUCCCCAACCAUUGCAACCUUUUUGAAUUUCUAUAGACCACUUGAUGUAGACUAUCUGAAAUGGGAUAUUCACAUGCACAUGGAACUAUUCGAACAGAGGGAACAAGAGGCCCAAGAUGCCAUUCAGACUUCCAUUGUCGACGAAGAUGGAUUUACUUUAGUUGUUGGAAAAAAUACAAAGUCACUAAAUUCUAUAAGAAAGAAGAUUUUGAAGAAAAACCCACUCUCAAAACACGAGAACAAAGUUAUACCGCCAUCGACAGUUGAUAAGAAAGCCAAAAAAGAUUUUUACAGGUUUCAAAUUAGAGAACGUAAAAAGCAAGAGAUUAAUCAACUUUUAAAAAAAUUUAAAGAGGAUCAAGAGAAGAUCAAAAUAAUGAAAGCAAAUAGGAGGUUCAAUCCUUAUACAUGA